CUACCUAUCGAAUUCCUGUUUUUUUUAUUUUUUGUAAGAAAACAAAAUCCGAGCAGAAUGAGAGAAAAUGGCAAAUACUGAGCAAAACCCUCGCUCAAAACGCCACCGUUUGAAUCGCUUCCUCCGGCCAAUCUAAUCGUCGUCUCCACUCUCCAGCAGCUCAAUCUAUCGUCUCCGUCUGUAAAUUUAGAAGAAAUAAGAAGACUCUCAAGUAUUCAUUGCCAUGUACCUGAAAGAAGGAUGCUCGUUGCUCUUAAAAGUUCAAAAACCAAUCAUCCCCUUCGUCCUCAACACAAAUCUCAACGUGAACCUCCUCCCUCAAGCUCCAAACCCAGCAACGGAGAUCAAAGAGUCAUAUGUUGUAAAGAGGUUGAGACAAGAGCCAUGUGUCCCCUUAGCUUUGCACUUCUUCAAAUCCGUUACCAACUCAAAUCUCUUCAAGCACACGCCUUUGACAUUCGAGGUCAUGAUCAGGAAGCUAGCGGUGGACGGUCAGGUGGAUAGUGUUCAGUACCUUCUGCAGCAGAUGAAGCUCCAAGGCUUCCAGUGUUCUGAAGAUUUGUUUGUCAAUGUUAUUAGUGUGUACCGACAAGUGGGUUUGUCGGAACGAGCCGUGGAGAUGUUUUAUAGGAUAAAGGAGUUCGGGUGUGAUCCUUCUGUUAAGAUAUAUAACCAUGUGUUGGAUACUCUACUCGGUGAGAACAGGAUUCAGAUGAUUUAUACGGUUUAUAGAGACAUGAAGAGAGAUGGGUUUGAGCCUAAUGUGUUUACUUACAAUGUGCUUCUCAAGGCUUUGUGUAAGAACAGUAAGGUGGAGGGAGCUCAGAAGUUGCUUGUGGAGAUGUCGAAUAAAGGCUGCUCUCCUGAUGCUGUGAGCUACACCACGGUGAUCUCGUCUAUGUGUGAGCUCGGUAUGGCGAAGGAAGGCAGGGAGCUCGCGGCAAGAUUCGAACCUGUCGUGAGCGUCUAUAACGCUUUGAUUAAUGGGUUAUGCAAAGAGAGUGAUUACAAAGGGGCGUUUGAGCUGAUGAGAGAUAUGUUGGAGAAGGGCGUAUCUCCUAAUGUUAUCUCAUACUCUACACUCAUCAACGCGCUUUGCAGUUUUGGAGAAACCGAGCUCUCUUUCUCGCUUCUGGCGCAGAUGCUGAAACGAGGGUGUCAUCCAAAUGUCCAUACGUUGAGUUCUCUAGUGAAGGGUUGUUUUGUGAGAGGUACGAGCAGUGAUGCUCUAGACUUGUGGAGUUGGAUGAUCAGAGGGUUUGAGUUGCAACCGAACGUUGUAGCGUUUAAUACUUUGGUACAAGGACUCUGUUCCCAUGGCGAUAUGGAGAAGGCUCUGUCUGUCUUUGCGCACAUGGAAGGAAACGGAUGUUCUCCAAACAUCAGAACUUACGGCUCUCUUAUCAACGGGUUUGCCAAAAGAGGUAGCCUCGAGGGCGCUGUUGAUACAUGGAACAAGAUGCUAACUAGUGGUUGCUCCCCAAACGUUGUGGUGUAUACAAGCAUGGUGCAAGCUCUUUGUAGGCACUCCAAGUUCAGAGAAGCUGAGUCUCUUAUAGAGAAUAUGUGCAAAGAGAACUGUGCUCCUUCUGUGGCGACGUUCAACGCCUUUAUCAAAGGCUUAUGCGAUGCAGGGAGGAUUGACUGGGCAGAGAAAGUGUUCAUACAAAUGGAGCAGCAAUACAAGUGUCAUCCCAACAUUGUAACGUACAACGAGCUACUAGAUGGGCUCUCGAAGGCAAACCGGAUAGAAGAAGCUUAUAGUCUCACACGAGAGAUAUCCAUGAGAGGUGUGGAGUGGAGCUCGUCUACUUACAACACGCUUUUACAUGGGUCAUGCAGUGCAGGUCUCCCAGGGAUAGCUCUGCAGCUAGCAGGGAAAAUGGUGGUUGAUGGUAAGUCUCCGGAUGAGAUAACGAGGAAUAUGAUAGUAUUAGCGUAUUGCAAACUAGGGAAAGUUGAGAGGGCGGUUCAGAUGUUGGAUCAGGUUUCAUGUGGAGGAGGAAGAAAGUGGCGGCCAGAUGUAAUCUCAUACACAAAUGUGAUAUGGGGGUUAUGCAGUUCUAAUUGUAGGGAAGAUGCAGUUAUUAUUCUUGAGAGGAUGAUCAGUGAAAGGAUUGUCCCAAGUGUUGCUACAUGGAAUAUAUUGCUUCGUUGUUUUAUCAUUGAUGACAAUUUGAGCUCAUGAUCAGUUUACCAUAUGACAUGUCAAAACUUGUUCAGUUCAUCUCUGUAUUGAGUUAGAAGCAUAAACUCUGGAGGAUAUAUGGACAUCAUGUGAUCACAUGGAAGCUUUUUGGUAUGUGACACUGAGAAUACAUUGGCAAAUAUGAUGAGACAGUCCGUCAAGAAGCUGCUGGAAAGAGUGUUUCCUCAAGGAGAUAGCUCUAGAUUCUCUGGCCAAGGUUUUGAGUUUAUAUUCUUUUGUGUAUAAUAGAUAUUUCGUUGAUGAAUAGAACAAUAUGUUAUGAUAUUGUAACCCUUGAUGGAAA